GUAAAAUCCCAGUUAAUCAGUUAACCUGUUAAACCUUAGGUUUAACCAGUUAAGCAGGAUCCACUCCCUCCCUUGUGUGAGGUGCAGCUGCAGGGCUGGAACAGCCCCCACCUGUGGCCACUGCUCCUGGAUGCUUACUGCCUCCAUGCUCAGUGAUCAGCCCAGGACUAGGAGGAGGGAAGCCUACUGCAGCAUUUCAUCCCCAACCAGCUCUGAGGAUGAGCAGCCUUUGAGCUCCUCUACUUACUCCCUGCUUUCCCCAACUUACAAUCACAGCUUCCAGAGCUGCAAUGAAGAGGAGGAUAGGGAGGCAGCGGCAACAUCAGCUAGGGGGCAAACAACCGUCAAGAGGAGUAAACACAAUAGUGCUGAAAACUGUAAUGUAACAGAAAAGAAAAAACAGUCCUCUCCAAUAGAUAAUCUCUCCCCUUGGGAAGAAUGGUUCAUUUGCAAAGAGAAAGAGCUACGCAUCCGCUUACAAGCCAGAGCGUUAGAGGAAAUGAAUUUACAACUGGAGAAAAGAAAAGAAAAGCAGGAACUUGAAAGGAAAAAAAAGAUAGCUGAAGAGAAACACAAAGAAUGGGUGCAGAAAAAGAAUGAAGAGGAAAGAAGGGAAAAGGAACGAAAGCUCAUCAAAAAAAUGGCAGAAAAAGCAGCGAGAGAUCUAGAGAAAGUCCAAUUGCAGGAAAAAGCUAAAGAAAAAUAUAAAGAAUGGCUAAAGAAGAAAAGAUCUGAAGAGUCUGAGAAAAAGAAGAAAGAGGAGGAAAAGGAACAAAAAAGGAUAGCUGAAUUACAGGAGAAAAAAGAGAAAUCGGAGAAGAUCUUUAGAGAUUGGCUACAUAAUGCCAGAAAUAAACCCCGUCCAGUUUUACACAGUUAUGGCUAUACAAGUGGGAAACUUUCAGGAUAUGCUGAUGGAAAUUCAUAUCCAGCUCCAGCCUAUUGUAAUCCUAUUCCCUGGAAACCAAUUCAUGUGCCACCUCCUAAGGAAGACAAGCCUGUUACAGUGAAAAAAACUAAGAGACCUAUAUCUAGUCACUCAUAUCGAUCCUCAUCUAUGCUUAUUCAUAAGCCCAAGAACAAUCUUUGUAUUGGAUCAUUGCACAGAAAACAAAGAUAGUGUAAAAAGAAAAAUAACUUUCUAUUGGCUUGAUUUAACUUAGUUUUGAAGCAUAAAAGUUAUUUCUUGGUUAACUGUAUCCUUAAAUGUUACAAAUAGGGUAUUGAAAGACAAUACUACUGUCCUCUUUCUAACAGUUGUGAUUGUUUACUGAUAGCUAAGGAAUAUCUUUUUCAAAGACUUUUUAACUGUUACUUCAAUACUUAGAAAAUUGUGUUUUUAAAAAUUUAACUAGAUUUUUAGUCACUUAAGUGAUGUUUGUUUUUUAAAAUUUUAUAUGUAGCCAGUUAUUUUGCAGCUACUCUUUGAUAUCAAUAAAACAUUAGUGAUUAA